AUGUCAACAAUACUAGAUCAACAACAACAAUUAAACCUUCCAAUUUGUGUUAAUUGUAGACAACCAAUUUUGGAUCCUUUUAUUCUUCGUCUCCAUCCUGAUUUAGAAUUUCAUAUUGGAUGUAUAAAAUGCUCAGAAUGUGGUAUUCCUCUCGAUGAAAGGUCUGGUUCUGCAUUUUUACGUGAUGGAAAAAUUUUUUGUCGUGAAGAUUAUAAUCGGUAUUUCUAUUUUAAAAAUUAA